AUGUCUAAAGAAACUAAAGAAGCAGCCGCUAAAAUCUCUUCAGGAGAUCAAACCAAAUCAAACUUCUUAAUUGAUUUCUUAAUGGGUGGUGUUUCUGCUGCAAUCUCCAAAACAGCAGCAGCUCCAAUUGAAAGAGUUAAAUUAUUAAUUCAAAAUCAAGAUGAAAUGAUUAAACAAGGUAGAUUAUCAAAACGUUAUGCUGGUAUUGGUGAAUGUUUUACAAGAACUGCUUCAGAAGAAGGUAUUAUUUCAUUUUGGAGAGGUAAUACUGCAAAUGUUAUUCGUUAUUUCCCAACCCAGGCAUUAAAUUUUGCAUUUAAAGAUAAAUAUAAAGAAAUGUUUGGUUAUAAAAAAUCUGAAGGUUAUUGGUGGUGGUUUGGUGGUAAUUUAGCUUCAGGUGGGUUAGCUGGUGCUACAUCAUUAUUAUUUGUUUAUUCAUUAGAUUAUGCAAGAACCAAGUUGGCAAAUGAUGCAAAAUCUGUUGCUAAAGAAGGUGGUUCACGUGAAUAUUCAGGUUUAUUUGAUGUUUAUAAGAAAACUUUAGCUUCUGAUGGUAUUGCAGGUUUAUAUCGUGGAUUUUUACCAUCAGUUGUUGGUAUUAUUGCAUAUCGUGGUCUUUAUUUUGGUCUUUAUGAUUCAUUAAAACCUCAAUUAUUAACUGGUAAUUUACAAGGUUCAUUCUUAGCUUCAUUCUUAUUAGGUUGGGCAGUUACUGUUGGUGCUUCAACUGCUUCAUAUCCAUUAGAUACUGUUCGUAGAAGAAUGAUGAUGACUUCAGGUCAAGCUGUUAAAUAUAAAGGUUCUUUAGAUGCUUUUAAUCAAAUUGUUGCUAAUGAAGGUGUUGGUUCAUUGUUUAAAGGUUGUGGUGCUAAUAUCCUAAGAGCUGUUGCAGGUGCCAUGGUUAUUUCAUUAUAUGAUCAAUUACAAAUUAUUUUGUUUGGUAAGAAGUUUAAAUGA